CAAUUCCUGUGCAAUUAGACAUUUUGCUGGUAAGGUUACGGCAUUUUACGGGAAGCUACCAACAUACCUACGAAAAAUACGUUUUUUUUCGUUACCAUAAAACAGCCGUCUACUUAUUUUGGUGAUGGGUAUUGACAAAAUUACCAAUUCCAUUUCAACGAAUUUUAUAUGGGACCACCUCAGGCCCAACUGUCAAUAAAAUAAGAAUUUUUUAAAUCGGAAAAAUUGGUGAACAUACAUAAAUUAACCUCCUUUUCGAUUUUGAAGUCUGUUAAAAAUGGUGAAAGCCCGAAAAAUAUGUGUUUUUCUCAUAAAUUUCGUACGUUUACAAAGUUAUUAAAUGAUUUAAUAAAAUGGUUAUUUCAUUUUUCAGGUUUUAAACUUUAAAAUUUGGAACAUGCUAUGUUCGGCCAAUGAUGAUUGGUAAAUAUUAGUAUUGAGAAUAAAACAAUGAUUACCUAUCGCACAAAUCAAUUACGUAGUGCUAAUUAUCAUUAUGAUGAUGAUAAAUUUUGAAUUGUUAUUAAUUACAAAACAAUUGAAUACGUAAAGGCUUAAGGCAAAGGUAAUUAUAGUCACACUACAAGAAUAAAAUCCAUUACGUUGUUUUGCUAAUAAGAUUUAGCUACAUACUUAUAUGUUUAUAAUAAAAUAUUGUAUAUAAUACUAAUAUCUUGUAUAUAACUAUAAUAAUAAUACAAGUAGGUAGCUUCGUUUUAGUGAAUAAUUGGUUUUAAGUGGAUAUAUCUGUACAAUUAGUUGUAAUUUAUUAUAUGCGUUUAAAAUAAGUAUAUGAUUGGUUUGUAAUUAAUAUUUUAGUGUUCUGAAAUUUAUUUUUUAUUUUUCUUUAUUAGUAGGUAUUCAUCAUUAGCAUUCCAUCCGUUUACUGCAAAAACGAUGCUAGCGCCAAACAGUAGAUAAAUAUGUAUGUCAAACUUGUAACACCUUCAGUUUGACCGGUGCGGCGGUUAAAAAUACAAAAGGCGGCCAUAAGCGAAAGAGAUUAACCGAAAACCAUAAUGACUCAAACAGUCUGAGAUAACACUGUUAUAUCUGGGCACUUAGAUAUUAUAUAACAAAUCGCAAUCUUUAUCAAUUUCUUCGUUUAGUGUUGCUUCUAUAGUGAUUGUGAUCGAGCGCUUUUUAAUCAGUUGUUUAUGUUUAGUGAUUACCUACAUAGUUAGAAAAGGAAAUUUGAAAAUGGAACAAAUUCCUGAAAAUCCCGCUGAAGAAACUAUUGAUGAAGAAAGUAAUUUGAAUAAUGAGAGUAAUUUGAAUGAUGAAAGCAACAAUCGAAAUAGGCACGCUUAUAAGCUCACUGUGGAAGUGCCAUUGUUUCUGUCGUUUUUGGCGGUUGCAAUAACAGGUGCCCCUACAAGCAAUCUAUUAAUGUACCGUACAUGUGUGCAUCCUUUGGGUCAUUCCGUAAACGAUUGCCAGUCUUUUCUUGCGCCAGAGUCGUACAAUCACACCCAAGAGUUGGAAAACGAAGUCCAGCGAUAUGUAACUUCUGUGUGGACUGCUAAAUCGUUGUUAGAAUCACUUGUACCAGCGUUCAUGUCUCUGUUUAUCACAGUAUGGUCGGAUAAACAUGGCCGGAAACCGAUACUCUUGUGGCCUCUUCUUGGUAAGCUAAAAUUUUCGAUUUAAACCCUUAGGUCCUGCAUAAUAACAUCGUAUCCCAAUUUACUGGGUAUACUGGCGGUCAUAAAUGUCCGUCCGAGGCGUGGGUAGGUGACACUCG